AUGGCUGGUAAACGUUUUAUCUCCUGCGCAUUGUUCGCCGUUCUCUUCGCUGUAGCUUCGGCUAGCCCCAGCUCCAGAAUUUGGGGUGGCAGUGAUGCGGCCACAAAUCAACAUCCUCAUGUUGUGUCGGUUCGUGUCAAGGAUGCUCAUGUGUGUACCGGUAGCCUUAUUGCCAAUAAUGCCGUUUUGACCGCAGCCAGCUGUGUAACCAAAGUUGCAACCGAACCCAUUGACAGCAAUGACUGCUCUGUGCGUGUUGGCAGCAUUAACCAGUAUGCUGGUGGUAAAAUUGUCGGCUGCAACUCGAUUGUCAUCCAUCCCUCAAGCGGUAACUUUUUGCACAACCUUGCCGUUGUCUUCCUGAAGGAAUCUUUGGAAUUCACCGAGAAGAUCAACAAAAUUGAGUUGGCCGCUGCCGAUGAAGUUUACGAAGAAGGUACUCCCGUCACCGUUACCGGUUGGGGUCUUGACCAGUCCAAUGCUUCGCCCUACAAAUUGCAACAGGUCUCCAUGUCCGUAUUGAGUGCCGCGGAAUGUGAAUUGCAAGCCGGUUAUGGCUACGAUUCAAUCGUCUGCUUGCAACACCCAGCUGGUACUGGUAUCUGCCGUGGUGAUGAAGGUGCCGGUGUUGUCAGUGGCAAGCAAUUGAUUUCCGUUGCCAGUUUUGCCUUUGGCGGCUGUGCUACCAAAUAUCCUGACAUUAGCACAAAGGUUUCUGUCUACAGAGAAUGGAUUGAUAGCCUUUUGGCUUAA